UGUAUCAUGCAUUCUUCACUACAUACUCUCUACUUACAAAACACACAAUAAAGUUAAGUAACAAAAAGAUUAACAAGAGAUGGCAAUAAAGUGUUUAGCCAUUUUCCUCGUUGCUCUCACUGUGGCUCAGUCCGUCACUGCCACAAGACCGGCCCCAAGACCGUCCCCGGCCAAGAAUGUCGGAGCUGGCCUUGACGACCAGAAGAACUUUGUUGCGUUUGCUGGGAUCGGUGGAGCUGCUGGAGUUGGUGGUGUCGGAGCAGGUCUUGGUGGUGUAGCCGGUGGAGUCGGUGGUGUCGCCGGAGUUUUGCCUGUAGGCGGAGUAGGAGGAGGAAUUGGUGGUUUAGGAGGUGUAGGUGGUCUCGGCGGUGGUUCAGGUCUCGGUGGUGGAAUAGGUGGAAUUGGUGGUGGUUCAGGUCUUGGUGGUGGUGUAGGUGGACUCGGCGGUGUAGGCGGUCUAGGCGGAGUUGGUGGCUUGGGAGGAAUUGGCGGUGGAAGCGAUUGCGGUGGUCUCACUCACCCUUGAUGAUAAAAGCGUUUUUUUUUUCUUCUCUCUAUGUAAACAAAAUUAGAUCGAUUGAAGGGUUCACAAUUAUUAAUAUUUGUAUCAGUUUUAUCAUGUUGUAAGUUUUCCCCCGGAUGUUAUGUUUAUGUCUUUGUAUAAUUUAUAUAUAUGUUUACUUUUCAUGCUGUUUGUUAUGUUGUGAGAAACCUUGCUAUCAAUAAAUAGAGUGCUUUUGUUGUA